CCCAAAUUCUACAUCAAGUAAGGCUUAUACAAGGUUCAAAACGUGUCAAAUAGGGCUGCAUGGUCCAUAGACUCGGCUCAGGUGGACUCAGUGGCAAUCCGGGGACCAGAUUCUGGGGUAUCCGGGCUUAGAUCCUCGGGCCGGCAGUCACGGGUAGGCAGAGUUUGGGGAUAGCUUCAUCUGGAGGCCGGAUUCGGUAAUCUGGACGACUCUAUGGGGCAUGGGUAUGGUUGUACGGGGGACACAUGGCGUCAGGCCAAUGAUGGAAUGCAUGGCUCAACGGCUGAGAUCGAGUACGAAUCACGAACCACGGACUAUGGUGCCUGCUCCAUAGGGCUCCAGUACUCCAGUGCUUGUUCCAGUGCUUGCUCCAUUACUCUCCAUGGCAGACUGGAGGCCCUGCGGCCGUGAAAUCAGAACAGAGGGGAUUGCCAUUCACGGGAAGAAGGGAGG